CCCGGUAGGAAGAGACGGGUCCUCGGGUCAUGGUGACCGCGGAUAAAUAACAAAUGUGAAGUGUCAACUCCCUUAGCAUCAUACCAUUUCCAAAUUGUAGCACGUAAGAUGUUAAUCAAUUUGGUACCCAUGCCAGUAUUUCAAUUAUUCACCAACUAGAAUUCCCAUACGCUUGCUGAACGCGCGAACACCUGUUCUAUUAAUAGUAACGUGGCCUGGGAAUUCCCGUCACAGUUAUUAUCGUUUCGAGCUGUCCGCCAUCGCCUUGAGCAAGAACGGUGAUGCUUGGAUACAAGGUUUGAUCACGACAAGAUGUCUUCAAAUGUGGAAGAAAAAGUGAAGAAAAGAAUAAAUAAAAACUAUGUAAAAAUAAUCCAGACACUGGAUCCCAAAAUGAUGUUAACACAUCUGAGGCAGACUGGCAUCCUCACAGUUGCAGGUUAUGAUCAAUACUAUGAGGAACUCAACAAUAUGCUUACUCAUGGAAAAACUAAACCAGAAAUCAAUAUAAGAUUACUUGAAAUUCUCUACACACGAGACAAAUGGUGGAGACCUUUCUUUAAAGCGUUAUAUCAGUGUGAACACCAAGACAUCAUUGACAUUCUUGAAGGAGCUUUGUCACAAGAAGAAAUAGAGGAAGCUGACCAGCCUAGAAGUAAUCGGAGGCAGAGGCAACGCAGAUCUGAGAGAAUAGUGUAUCAUAGGAGGGAUCGGCAACCAUCUGACUCGGAGUCAGAUCAGGGUCCACAUUCAGAAAGUGCCACAUACCAUUCCCUUCCUGCGCCAAGAUCUCGAAGGAGAACUUCCCAUGAAGCAGAUCAGGCAGAAACAGGGCAGAAUUCUCCCAGACAGUUUCGCUCUGAUUGCUAUGCAGCACCAGAACCUCUGCCAACUCCCCGAAAUGAUGUUCGGGAAGUAACACAGCAGAAUUCUUCCAGACAGUUUCGCUCUGAUUGCUAUGCAGCACCAGAAUCUCUGCCAACUGCCCGAAAUGAUGUUCAGAAAGUAACACGGCAGAAUUCUCCCAGACAGUUUCGCUCUGAUUGCUAUGCAGCACCAGAAUCUCUGCCAACUACCCGAAAUGACCUAAGACUGACACAGGGGUCCUACGGUAAUGUACCCAAUGGGUAUCCGCAACAUCCUGCCCCACAGGAUAAUCCCGCAGGUCUUCAUCAACAAUCACACCACCAAAAUAGGCCAACACAGACACAAAACUCAGCCCAUUAUCAAAAUGGAUAUCCCCACGAACAUUCUUUUGAUAGAGAUCACAAUCUAUUACCUCGGUCAAGACCUAUACAGUCUACUCAGUCUGACCCUGGAGACAGGCCAACAGCAGUGAUGACAGGCUUUGCUCGAUCCUCCUCUUCCCCUGCAGGUCCUCAGAAUUCAGAUGACCGUGGGGAGUCCAUUCCAAGACAGUGCCACAAUCAGGGUCAGGGUCAGAUUUCAAGGGGACAGUUCUCAACCUCUCCAGGUCCUGUCAUCACAUCUUCUUCAGCCUUAAUUGGCCACACUUCAAGGCAGGACAGAGUGAUAGAAGGAGAUCCCAGGACAAGUGGUCCAUUGUGUGAACAGGCCUUAGCACCCAGCCCUCAGGCAAACAGUUCCACAUCUUCCAUUUGCUGUUCAUCCUCAGCUCCUUUGACUGGACGUUUCACUUUAAAUACUCCAUUGAAACUCUUACCAGAGAAGUUACUGAAGCUGUUAGACACACUCGAUUAUGGAAGGAAGUGGAGGGAUCUGGGGUCCAUCUUAACUGACAAAUUUUUGUCGGAGCACCAUGACAAAAUACAAAUGUCGUCAGAUGAAUUGAAGACCAAACAGGUUCUGGAUUUCUUCAAGGAAGUGGAAGGAGAGAGGGCUACCUUGGGUAGACUCAUAGCAGCUCUUCAGGAAAUGCAGAGACAGGACCUUCUUGAUGAGAUACAGGAACAGACUGGCUUGACCUUUCAAGGUGAACAUGGUGAAGGGGAUGCGAUCAAUGAACUUAGGAGAAGUACCAGCAGUAACAUGGUGGACUUGGAUAUCCCAGAUCCAGACCUCACACCAGCAAGUGUAGGCAGUGCAGCAGCAGUUGUACAAAAGUCUGACGUCAUCGACCAGUUAGAACAGAGUUCCAUGUCCUCUCAGACUUGUCAAGAGGCAGACCAAAGCAGCUGCAGGGAGGAAGUCAAGCAGUCCUUCAACAGGACCACAGGUGAUGAAGUCUCACAGAGUUCUAUCACUGAUGCCAGAUCUGGCAUGUAUGUAAGUAACCAAAUCAUUCUGUCACAACUAGAAGAAGAAAAGAAACUAGAUGAAGCAAUGAAAUUGGAAAGGCUUGGCAAUCAGAACAGGCCUGUAGAAAGUCCUGAUGAAGAGCUUCAGACAAACCAAGAACAUGGUAAUCCUCAAAGUCCAGAAAGUGACACCUCUGACGAGAAUAACAUGCAUCAAAACUCUCCAAACAAAGCUGAAGGGGUUACUACAAAAAUGGAAAAUGUUGAAAACCAAGAUACCAAACCCAAACCGGAACUUGAAUCAAAAGUCAUCAAUACAAGUUCCAGUGUCAGCCCAAACAGAGAAACAACCUCACAUCCUAGACCCUCAACAACGACUGCAGGUGCCCCUAACUCCUCUUUAUCCAGACCAAUGAAUGCAGCAGGGAGCCCGCCUGGCAUUGGUCAACAUAGUCAGGCUGGGAGACAUUAUCCUCCCCAGCUUCCAGUACAUGCCCAGAACCAACCACAACCUUUGAUACCUGGGGCUCCUGGACAUGUCUACAAUCAGGGAGGGACUCAACACCGUCAGUCAGUCUUCACAAGUACAAAGUCAGGAUGUGAUACUUCCCAGACUACACCCAGUGGUGGCAUGGCAUCAGGAACUGUAUCUUCUGGACAGCUUCCAAAGUUUGAUAAGAUCCAGCCUAUUUCACUGCAACCAUCGGGAACAUCAAAUGCUUCCUACAGUAAUCCUGGAAGUAAUGCUGCAGUUUCAAAUAUUCCAAACCUUCAUUUGUUAGGUCCUGAUUCCAGUAUUUCUGCUGGAACUGAACCUUUAGCUGAAGAUGAAACAUCACCAAAAUGUGCUGUAGCUCAAGAUGAAACUAUUCCCAAAACCGUGGAAGAAGUCAGUGAUGACGGUAUUAUUUCUACUGAAAAUAUCAAUAAGGCUUCUCAGGUAGUGUCCGAACAACACACCUCUGGUGUCGAGGACAGCACACCACCUAGUCCCACUGGUGGAAGAGUCUUUCGAUCAUACUUGCAGGCAACUUCUGAUAGCAGUGUUUUUGUUUCAACAUUAGGAACAUCCAUUCUGGAUGAUAGACAAAUCCCUACAGACCAGGAGGAAAACAGUUACAUAGGAGAACCACAUAUUUUGACAAUGUCAGAGGCAUCCAUAACUCCACCCUUGAUUGCUACUCAUGAACUCAAAGUACUGCAACAGUCAAUGAGUACUGUGAAAUAUUUUGAAAAAGUGCCAACUUCUAAUGGGGCUGAUGAAAAUGAUUUUUUAUCUUUAGGGGAAAGUGAGGAGGAAGAAGGUGAAACCAUUUCAGAACGUAGUGAGCUCAUGGAAGAAUCUCAUCAAGGUCAAGGUCACUCCGGAGCUGAAGGAUCAAGAAACUUAGUUGGUGGGUUCACAGUUUCUGGUGGGACAACGACAGCAAACUCCAGGAGCAGUGUGUCAGUAGCCAAUGGAACAGAAGAUACAUCUUCAACUACAUCAGCUCAUUCAAAAGGAGGAGGAGCAGCCUCAACUACUAGGGGUACAUCCACUUCAGCAAUUGGGGGUACUUCUCUUGUGAAUGGGGGAGGUACUUCCUCUGUAAAUGGAGGGACAUCAGCUACUGCAAAUGGGCGGUCUCGCUUUGCAAGCGUGAUUUCCUCAGGAUUUAAGCUGCUUGAAUUUUUCACAGAUGUCACUGAUGUAAAUAAGAUGCCAAAGUUUCAUCCCACCUGACUGUGUGUACCACUGCGGGUUUGGACAGUGCCUGACCUGGUUCAAGUCGAUCUUCCAGCUUUAGCUACUCACAUGGGUUGUCGCAAUCUCAUGAAAAUCAGAUCUUAGUUCUCGCUACCACUAAACAAAGAUCUGACGACAUCCCAUUACAGGUCACAUCAGACCGACCUUGCGUAAACUUUGACUGACCAAUGGAUUGACCAAUCAGAAGGCAGCUAUCUCGUGCUUUACGACACUAUUUUCAAAUUGGCGACGCUUCGAAACAUAUUUUGACAAAUUCUCGAUUACAAAUUUGAAACCUAAACAAAAGAACAUUCUGGAAUGGCUAAUAGAUGGUCUAGAUUGUAAGGAUUCAGUUGUUAA